AUGGUUCGAUUAUUACAUGAAAAAGGUGAAUUAGAUGAACAUUGUAUGCCUAAACGACAAAAUCUCGACACACUUGCUAUAACUGAUGAAGAAAUGUUUAAUUGGGUGCACGAUAAAAAGCGACCAGAUAUUAUUGAUAAACAGAUUGCUAUAUGCUCACGUUCACUACAGGAUAAUGACAAUAAUAAUAAUAAUUGCUGGCAUUUGUAUCGAAUAAGGAUGAUAUCGUCGGAUGGUAGUAUAUUUAGAAAAGAACUGGGUUUUAUUGUUCCAUUUCAAAUGCCUAAGUUAUCUCCAUUUAAUAUUUAUGAUACAGAUGAAAUAUACACAAUUGAAGUUAUAUAUGUUGAUGAAAUUGAUUAUAAUACUUAUCAAAGUGAAAUUAAUUCAUUUUGUCCAUUUCUAUUUGAAAAAGUAUUUACUAUUGAUAAAAAUAUUCUAAAAUAUGAUCCACAUCAAUCAUCGUAUAAAAUGUUGCCCUGUUUACUUGAUGAUUGGAAUAGAAUUGAUAUUGUACGAAUGGCUGAAAUGAUUGAACGGGCACAAACAACUGUAAAAGAUAAUUUAGAUUUGAAUGAAAAUGAUGUUUAUAUAUAUUCUGUGCCAAAUUCAAAUGAAAAAGUUUCUCUUAUUCUUGAUACGGAUGCUGAUAAUAAUAUUCCACUAAAAUCAGCUAACAGUUUAGAUCAUAAUGGUGAAACAUAUGUGGACUAUUAUAAACGAAAAUAUGGAUUAAUACUCAAAUAUCCUGAUAUGCCCAUGGCUCGUUUAAAAUAUGCUGCUCGAUUAACAAUGAAUUUUUUACAUUGUGAUCAUGAAAUUAGAAAAAAAACAAAAACAUGUGAUCGUGAAUCAAUGUAUUAUCCAGUUGAAGUAUUAACUUAUGCUGCUUUAAAUAAACAAGAUUUUCAAUUAUUUAAUAAAAUGCCAUCAAUUUUUACACGUAUUACACAAUUAUAUCAUAUUGAACGAUUACGUAAAUAUAUCGGUGAAAAUCUUCAUCAUUAUAAGUUAUCGACUGUAGCUGUUGAAGACAUGUCACCAGUGACGUUUCAAGAUUGUUUAAGAAAUAGUGUUCCUCAUAGCAGUAUAAAUAAUAAUCAUGUUAUAACAACAACACAAACGUUUACACAAACAUGUUUAAAAUUGCCACUUAUUGAUUUGACCUACAAUAAUGUUAUGUCUAUUUCAUUAAUUAAUCAUCAUGAUCAAUUAACACCUCAUAUACUAUUUCAAGCAAUCACACGUCAUUCAACGGGUGAAAAAAUGGAUAUGGAAAAUUUAGAAAUAUUAGGUGAUUGUUUUUUAAAAUUAGCUGUAUCAUUAUCAAAGUAUUAUAAAUAUCCACAAGAAAGUGCCGGAUUUUUAACAAUUAGAAAAACACAUUUUAUUUCAAAUUUAACAUUGUAUCGUCGUAUAACGGAAAAAAAUUUAAAAUCAUAUUUAUAUACACAAAAAAUUGUUUAUCGUGGUAAAGAAGCAAAUUGGUUACCACCGGGUUAUAUUGUGACAAAUGAGAAUGUUGAAGAAUUAAAUAAUAAUAAUAACAAUAUUUAUGAAUUGGGUAACAGAAUGUACCUCAAACAAGUGGUGAAACAAAAAGCAUUUGCCGAUAUGGCUGAAAGUUUAAUUGGUGCAAUAUUAAUAACAAGUGGAUAUAGUUGUGCAAUGAAAUUUAUGGAUUGGUUAGGUUUAGAUGUAUUUCCAAAAGAUGAAAAUGGUACAGUUUCUUUUGUUCAUACAGGGUGGCCCCCAAAACAAACUUAUUCUCUCUGUAUUUAUUGA